AUGUCGACCACAGAAAGCUUUUUUAACUUUCCUAACAAAACUUUUACGUAUGAAGGAAGCAAAACGAUUCGUGGAACAGAAGCCGAAUCCUGGGUUGGCGUUCGUAACGGUUGGCCCCGGAAGUCAUCAAAGCAGUCUGUGUGGGAAUGGUAUUUCGCCAAGGAUUCAACUCUCGCUAUAACCGGAAGUUCCUUUGAACGUGCUACGCCAUUACAGUUUCGAGUCAGCCUGCCUGAGGAACAAAUUGACUAUGAUUUCAACAUUUACGCUUACACGAAAGAACAACCAGACCUUUCAGCCUAUGACGUCAGUGCAUGUUACUUAUUCCACAAAAGGGAAAAAUUUGGCAUGUCUAUCCCUCUUUUGUACAAGUUUUUCGUCGAAAGCAACGUUGUAAUGUUCAAAUUUUUUAUCAUUGUUUCAAUCACCAGAAACCUUGGUAUUUCUCCGCUGAGAAUUCAAAAUCUUGAUAUAGUUUUCGGUUAUGAGCUUAUUUUUAUAACCUUUGAACUGGUUGAUGUCGCACCCAUUGUGGGUGAUGUCGCCAAUCCAAGGAAAGAAGUCUCCUUGGAUACAGCAGUGAAGACGCUCACGGAAAAACUCAAAGACAACACACUUGAAGUUGAAAUUUUAAACGGAAAAGAGGUAUAUCAGAAUUUUUUCACUGCGGAAAAAUACCAUUUUUUCUAUCUAUCUAUCUAUCUAUCUAUCUAUGCUACUUUAUUUCUGUCUUUCAAUCCAUGUAUCUAUGUCAGUUUCUAUCUAUCUAUCUAUCUAUCUAUCUAUCUAUCUAUCUAUCUAUCUAUCUAUCUAACCAUGCCAUAUCGACAUGAUAAAAUACCAAAAAGCCCCUUCGAAAACCACGUACACUUCCAAAUCAAUGGCCGGACUCGGUGUGGUCAUGGUUUUAAUCGGCAUUUUGGUUGGCGUCUUUUUUGCCUACAAGUUUCUUUAAAUCAAAGUUUGGUGUAA